GCUUCCGGUCCCGCGUGAUUUCCGGAGCGGAUCGGAACCCGGAGUUGGGAUUCGGUGGGUGUUCGGGUCCAGCUGGAGCAGGUAUCGGGAGCCGGACGGAGAGGCCGAGGUUCUGCCGGCGAGGCGUGUGGCAGGUGGCGGUAAUGGAGCAGGGAGCGAUGGAUGAAGUCGUGUUUAUAUGGUGUGAAGACUGCGGUCAGUAUCAUGACUCGGAAUGUCCCGAGCUGGGCCCUGUCGUCACCGUCCAGGACUCCUUUGUGUUAAGCAGAGCCAGGUCCACUCUUCCUGCAAAUCUGGAGAUCAAGCAGUCGGAGGACGGCGCCGAAGGAAUAUUUGCCGUGAUGCCUCUUGUAAAACGCACCCAGUUCGGCCCGUUUGAAUGUAAGAGGGUCUCUAAACCGGACAGAGAACCCGCAUUCCCCCUGAAGGUCUUCCUCAAGGACGGCCAGAUCGUGUUCUUCGAUACAUCCAGCGAGAACGACUGUAACUGGAUGAUGCUGGUGAGACCCGCCAAGGAUUUCAGCCACCAGAAUCUGACCGCCUUCCAACAUGGCGGCGACGUAUACUUCACUACCUCCCGGGACAUCGCCGCCGGCACUGAGCUGCGCGUCUGGUACGCCGCUUUCUACGCACGAAAGAUGGAAAAACCCCUCUUAAAACCCUGCCACAACGAAGUAAGCUUUUUAGCUACUGAGCCAGAAAAAGAAGCGAACCGGAGCUCUUCAAAAUCCAGCCACACGGCUGUAAUGACUGCCAAGAAGAUGAAAGCAUUGCGUUCGCCCGCUGCCUACACGUCAGUUUCGUGUCAGGACAACAGUGACAUCAUACAUGUGGAAACCUGCGAGUGGACGUGCAAAGUAUGCAACGCAACGUUCGUGGAACCCAGCCUUCUGACAGAGCAUUUGUUGAGUCACCUGGAACACGCAAAAGGGAUUUCUCCGUCGGCGCCCUGCGAGGGUCCUUUCAUCGAAAGCGAAACGGCCAACAUGAGCUCGGAUCCGGCCGUCAUCGGCACCAGCGCGGGGGGCCGCUCCGUACUCAAGAAGAAGCAACGCAAGGGCCGCAAGUCCAAGGCUCCGAAAGGAGAUAUUCCGCUGGUGAUCGUGGAGGAUGACAGCCCGCCAGAACACCAUCCCAUUUUAUACAACGUCUACCCGGAGCGAGUGGCAGAGAUCGUCACGGAGAUCCCGCCAGACGAGGUCCCGCUUUCUCAUGACUCCGAGGACAAGUUCAUGGAGCUAAUGCUGGGAAAACUGCCCAAUGCCAGCAACAACCUGACCUCCAUGUCUAAGUUUGCUUUUCACCAGGGGAGCAGCUCGUUGAAGAGAGGCUUAAUGCUGUCGGGCAGCCGCCACGGGAUGAGACGGAAGUUCGUCCGCCAGCUCGGCGAUCACAAGCGCGUCUUCCAGUGUAAUAUCUGCUCCAAGGUUUUCCGAAACAGCAGCAACCUGAGCAGACACGUCCGAUCCCACGGCGACAAACUCUUUAAAUGCGAGGAAUGUUCCAAACUCUUCAGCCGUAAAGAGAGUCUGAAGCAGCACGUUUCCUACAAACACAGCCGGAAUGAUGUUGACGUGGAUUACAGAUAUCGCUGCGCGACCUGCGAGAAAUCCUUCAGGGUCGAGGCAUUCCUGGAAUUUCACAACUGCAGGACAGAUGAUAAGUCGUUCCAGUGUGAGAUGUGCUACAGGUUUUUCUCAACCAACAGCAACCUUUCCAAACACAAGAAGAAGCACGGGGAGAAGAAGUUUGCCUGCGAGAUCUGCAACAAGCUCUUCUACCGACGAGAUGUCAUGCAGGAGCAUCACCGGCGCCAUUUAGAAGGAGUGAGGCGAGUUAAACGGGAGAGCCUUCAUCAGAGUGCCGAUAACUCCAUCAAAUAUAAGAAGGAGCCGUCUGCGUGUCCUGUCUGUGGGAAGAUGUUCUCCUGCCGAAGCAACAUGAACAAACACCUUCUCACGCACGGAGACAAGAAAUACACCUGCGAGAUCUGCGGGCGGAAAUUCUUCCGAGUUGACGUCUUACGGGAUCACAUUCACAUCCACUUCAAGGACAUUGCUUUAAUGAACGAUCAACAGCGCGAAGAAUUCAUCGGGAAGAUCGGCAUCUCUUCCGAAGACAAUGACGAGAACACCGAUGAAAGCAUGGAUUCCGACCUCCAUAAAUACAGCUGCAAGAGGUGCCAGAUCUCUUUUGCACGCGGGAAGGAGUACCUGAAGCACAUUAUGGAUGUCCAUGCGGAGAACGGUUACGACUGCAGCAUCUGCCACCGGCGAUUUGCACUCAAGGCAACGUAUCAUGCGCACAUGGUGAUCCACCGCGAGAAUCUCCCGGACCCCGAGGUGCAGAAAUACAUUCACCCGUGCGAUGUGUGCGGCAGGAUCUUCAACAGCAUCGGGAACCUGGAGAGACAUAAACUUAUUCAUUCAGGUGUGAAGAGCCACGGCUGCGAGCAAUGCGGCAAAUCGUUUGCCAGGAAGGACAUGCUUAAAGAGCACAUGAGAGUCCACGAUAACAUCCGAGAAUACCUGUGCGCCGAGUGCGGCAAAGGGAUGAAGACGAAGCACGCUCUGCGGCAUCACAUGAAGCUGCACAAGGGAAUCAAGGAGUACGAGUGUCUGGAGUGUCACCGCAAGUUCGCUCAGAAGGUCAACAUGCUCAAACACUACAAAAGACACACCGGUAUCAAAGACUUCAUGUGUGAGCUCUGCGGAAAAACUUUCAGCGAAAAGAACACCAUGGAGACCCAUAAGCUCAUCCACACCGUGGGGAAGCAGUGGUCCUGCUCGGUUUGCGACAAGAAGUAUGUGACGGAGUACAUGCUGCAGAAACACGUCCAGCUGACCCACGACAAGGUGGAGGCCCAGAGCUGCCAUUUGUGCGGCACGAAGGUGUCCACCAGAGCCUCGAUGAGCCGCCACUUGAGACGGAAGCACCCCGAGGUCAUCUCUGUGCGUAUUGAAGACUUCGAUGACUUGCAUGAAUCGGCGGGCAUUGGCCAGGCAGAGCUGGAUGUGGACGAAGAGGAUGAGCUGCACCGGGGCAAGCAGUCGCCCGUCGGUAACCGGCACGCGGAGAAGGACAAGGUGGUGGGAGAGGAUGGAGAGGUGUCGUUCGCCGAGUACCACCAGAAAGCCGUGGAGUUCACACGAGGCGGAAGGGACGAGGAUGGCUCUGCGGUGGAGACGCUACAACAGGUGGUCGUCACCAUUAGCGAUGGGAGCGUCGUUGCUCCAUCUUCCACAGUAGGACUAACGAACAUCACCGUCACUCCCAUCUCUACCGCAGCUGGGGCCCAGUUUGCCAGCCUCCAGCCGGUGGCCGUGGGUCACUUGACGGCUCCCGACCGUCAGCUGCAGCUGGACAGCUCCAUCCUCACAGUGACCUUCGACGCGCUCAGCGGCAGCGCCGUGCUUCACAACCGGCCGGCUGAGCUGGCCAUCGCGUCCUCGCAGGAGGGGUCCGGCCCCCAGCCCGUGGCUCACUUCAUUAACCUCACCACCUUCGUGAAUUCCAUAGCUCCUUUAGGGGGUCAGCUCGCCGCCGAAGGUCCUCUGACAUGGAGGGCAGUCCCGGCAGGAGAAACACCGCCGCCGCCAGAGGAAGAGGUGCAGGGGUCCGGCCAGACGGAGCAGCCGCCGUCGCCUUCGCAGGGUGGCCAAGCCGUACCAGCGGACUCGCAGGAACAAAUGUACACUUACUGAGCGAUCGCCAUCUUUAACGCAGCUCAUAAACUACUGACCGCCGUAACCGGAAUGGAAAUUCAAAGAUGGCGGCUGAUUAAACUUGAAGAACCCGCGGGGUUUUGGAUUAAAACGUGUAAAACGGCACAUGACGGCAGCUUGACGGCGCCACGGGAACGGACGAAUUUACGGGUCCCGACGCAUUCCCCUGUCGCCGGUCGCUUUAAAGAACCAACGCUUGCAGCGAACCCUAUGUUGGCUGGGCCUUCUGGGAGUUGAAGGGAGGUUUGGUCGAUUAAAGUUUUGAGAAACAAACUUAAAAAA